AUAAAACAUGUGGAAUGAUUACAUUGUAAUCAGCUGAUAAGGUGAUAGAUAACAAAAUUUAAUAUUUAUAAAUCGGUUUACACCGCAGACAACACAAAUGUUUUUCACAUACAUCACAAUACGUUGUAGUGGCGUUUGCUCUUAUUUUUUCCGGUAGUUUUGAGAUCUAAUUUCAAAAAUGAAGGAUGCCUUUUUUUGGGGCCCCAAUGUUGGUGUGUACCUAUUUAAAGGACUGGAGAUAAAUUCGUUAGGCGGAUUAAUAGGGCUGUGCAUCGUUAUUGCAAUAAUGGCAUUUGUAUUUGAGUAUUUAAGGUAUCUGCAGACAAAACAUAGACAACGGGAAUUGAUUUUAAGAUCAAAGCAGUUAAAACAGAUAUGUUCUACUGAAAGUGCCAGCCUUAUUGGAGAAAAUGUAGACCCCAGAAAUCCCUUAAAUAUAACUUUAAAACACAGGGCUCUGCUAUUUGGAACUGAGGUGUCAUUAUGGGUGAUGUUACAAAAUAUGGGAUAUAUUUUAAUGCUCAGUGUUAUGCUCUAUGAUGCAUGGAUUUUGGUAGCUGCUGUUAUUGGUGGUGGAGUAGGAUAUUUUGUUUUUGGACAAAAAUUCAUGAAGAUAAAUCUGCAAAACUGCCAAAUCAUCAGGGAUACUUUCUGCACACAAAUAUGCGGUGAAUUGGGUAAAGACGGAGAAUCUACUCCAGCCUUGGAAGAGCCCUCUACCUCACACAAUAGCGUUAUUUUCAACGACACUACUACAAGUGCCACAGUUCAUACGUCUUGUCAUUAAAUCUUAGUUUCUAGUAUUUUUUUAAAAUUUUGAAUUCGGUUUGUAUUUUAAUCCGAAUCCAUAUUUAUAAUAUUGUUAUUGUGAUACAUUUUUGACAAAUUAUUAAUUUCUGUUUGAAUUUGUUAAACAUAUUUGACUUAUUUGUUACUCUAUUAUAAGAAGUUAUAUUUUAAAUACAUUUUUAUAAACGUUAA